AUUAAUUACAUACCAGGAGAAUAAUGUUAUACAUAAACGUUCAGGAGCUGUUUGCUGUAUUUCUGAUAUUGUGCUUUGCCGCCCCCGGAUUAAGCAGCGCAACAAUUUCGUUUAAUGUGAUGAAUUAUGGAGCUGUUGGGGAUGGAAAAACAGAUGAUUCUGCAGCAUUCUUAAAAGCAUGGAAAGCUGUGUGCCAAACUGGAUCAGGAAUUCCUAUCCUCAUCAUACCAGCAGGGAAGACAUUUUUACUGAAGCCUGUGACAUUCAGUGGACCCUGCAAACCCUCUCACAUUUAUGUUCGGGGUGUGACAUGCAAAGGACCCACUGCAUUGACAUUUUAUAGAUGCAACGGGCUUGUAGUCAAGGGAUUGAGACAUACCAAUAGCCAAAGGAACCACAUCACCAUAUCGGGUUGCAAUGGUGCAAAGAUCUCAAACCUGCAUAUAAGUGCCCCAAGUGACAGUCCCAAUACUGAUGGAAUCGAUAUAGCUAGCUCAACCAACAUCAGGAUCUCCAACUCUUUCAUUGGGACUGGGGAUGAUUGCAUAGCUAUCAGCUCAGGUUCAUCUAACAUAAACAUUUCAGGUAUAGAUUGCGGCCCAGGACAUGGCAUAAGCAUUGGAGCCUUGGGGGUGCACGGAGAGCAAGACACGGUAGAAGAAGUACAUGUGCGGAAUUGUACAUUCAAAGCAACCAUGAAUGGAGUUCGAAUCAAGACAUGGCAGGGUGGGAGUGGAUAUGCAAGGAAAAUCACUUUUGAAAAGAUUAAAUUCGUAAAUACCGGUAACCCUAUUGUAAUUGAUCAAUACUACUGCCCCAGCGGUGGAUGUCAAAAUGAGACAACAACAUUUAAGAUAAGUGAUGUAUCAUACAAUUUGAUUACGGGAACAUCAUCCACGGAAAAGGUGAUCAAUUUUAGUUGCGAUAAAAAUGUUGGCUGCAACAAUAUUGUGCUUGAUCAUGUCUACGUGACAGCCAGUGUUGCAGGGAAGAUGGCAUAUGCCUAUUGCUAUAAUGCUCAGGGAAGAUUAAGUCAUACUAAGCCCAGUGUGAAAUGUCUAUUGAGUUAAGUCCUUAAGUUAAUCUGUUUGAUUUGGAACCUGAGAGAUUAAAAUUUAAGGUUGUUG